UGGCUGUGCUCUAAAUAGACUAGUCGGAGCAAACCCUUCUGAUAAGGGAAUAGGUAGGAAGCUAGUAAGUCAUGCAGAUAGCAGAGUAGAGCACGAACAACAAAUGCAAAAAUCCUGAGGCAACAGUGUGUUUUGGGUGCUUUUAACAUUGAGGAUAUGUUUUCGGUGAGAAAAGAUCACACAGUCCAGGUGUGGUGGCUCAUGCCUGUAAUCCCAGCACUUUGAGAGGCCAAGGAGGAGCAUCACUUAAGGUCAGGAGUUGAAGACCACCCUGGCUAACAUGGUGAAACUCCGUCUCUAUUAAAAAUACAAAAACUAGCCAGGUGUUGUGGCACGUGCCUGUAAUCCCAGCUACUUGGGAGGCUGAGGCAGGAGAACUGCUUGAACCCGGGAGGCAAAGGUUGCAGUGAGCUGAGAUCGUACCACUGCAUUCCAGCCUGGGUGACAGAGUGAGUCUCCAUCUCAAAAAAAAAAAAAAAAAGAAAAGAAAAGAUCACACAGACAGUGACUCACACAGGCCCCUCCUUUCCAGGGCCUCAGUUUGUCACUCCGUUCAGUGGGAGAAAGAAGAAAUCAUAACCACUGCUCUAAUAUGGGAAGAAAUCGGUGCCUUGUGUGAGCCAGAAUAAAGAACGUAUUCGAUAUUAGAAUGAGGAGCCCUUGUUACCCCAGGUGUCUGACCUCUUUAUCCAGGACUGGGCAGUCAGUAUUCCUUUAUUCUCCCUCCUUUCUUACCCUGACCCUUUUUUUGUUUGCUCAUCUACCUAGGAUUCUACAAGCAGGAAACAUCUUAGAAAUCAGGGCUAGGCAGGCAGGAGCCAGGAGAGUAGCUACAAUGACUUCACCAGUACUGGUGGACAUACGAGAAGACGUGACCUGCCCUAUCUGCCUGGAGCUCCUAACAGAACCCCUGAGCAUAGACUGUGGCCACAGCUUCUGCCAAGCCUGCAUCACACCGAAUAGCAGGGAAUCAAUGAUUGGUCAAGAAGGGGAAAGAAGCUGCCCUGUGUGCCAGACCAGCUACCAGCCAGGGAACCUGCGGCCUAAUCGGCAUCUGGCCAACAUAGUGAGGCGGCUCAGAGAGGUGGUGUUGGGCCCUGGGAAGCAGCUGAAAGCAGUUCUUUGUGCAGACCAUGGAGAAAAACUGCAGCUCUUCUGUCAGGAGCAUGGGAAGGUCAUUUGCUGGCUUUGUGAGCGGUCUCAGGAGCACCGUGGUCACCACACGUUCCUCGUGGAGGAGGUUGCCCAGGAGUACCAGGUGAGACCCCAGGAUGGAAGGGGAGACAGAGAAACAGGGUCUUUGGAAAAGUUUCAGGAGUCUCUAAAGAAGCUGAAGAAUGAGGAGCAGGAAGCUGAGAAGCUAACAGCUUUUAUCAGAGAGAAGAAGACAUGCUGGAAGAAUCAGAUGGAGCCCGAGAGACACAGGAUCCAGACAGAGUUUAAUCAGCUGCGAAACAUCCUAGACAGAGUGGAGCAGCGAGAGCUGAAAAAGCUGGAAGAGGAAGAGAAGAAGGGGCUACGAAUUAUAGAAGAGGCUGAGAAUGAUCUGGUCCACCAGAGCCAGUCACUGCGAGAGCUCAUCUUGGAUCUGGAGCGUCGAUGUCAGGGGUCAACAAUGGAGCUGCUUCAGGAUGUGAGUGAUGUCACAGAAAGGAGUGAGUUCUGGACCCUGAGGAAGCCAGAAGCUCUCCCUACAAAGCUGAGAAGUAUGUUUCGAGCCCCAGAUCUGAAAAGGAUGCUGCGAGUGUUUAGAGAGCUGACAGAUGUCCAAAGCUACUGGGUGGACGUGACCCUGAAUCCACACACAGCUAAUUUAAAUCUUGUCCUGGCUAAAAACCGGAGACAGGUGAGGUUUGUGGGAGCUAAAGUAUCUGGACCUUCCCGUCUGGAAAAGCAUUAUGACUGUAGUGUCCUGGGCUCCCAGCACUUCUCCUCCGGAAAGCAUUACUGGGAGGUAGAUGUGGCCAAGAAGACUGCCUGGAUCCUGGGGGUAUGCAGCAAUUCAGUGGGACCUACAUUCUCUUUCAACCAGUAUGCUCAAAAUCACAAUGCUUACUCCAGGUAUCAGCCUCAGAGAGGAUACUGGGUGAUUGGGUUACAGCAUAACCAUGAAUACAGGGCCUAUGAGGAUUCUUCCCCUUCUCUGCUCCUCUCCAUGACGGUGCCCCCUCGCCGUGUGGGGGUUUUCUUAGAUUAUGAGGCUGGCACCGUUUCCUUUUAUAAUGUCACAAACCAUGGCUUCCCCAUCUACACUUUCUCUAAAUAUUACUUUCCCACUACUCUUUGUCCAUAUUUUAAUCCUUGCAACUGUGUAAUUCCUAUGACCCUGCGUCGUCCAAGCUCUUGAAUAGUCUUCUGUUCCCACCCACUUCUGAUAAGUACCCUGAGGCUUAUCAGCAUGUGAUUCUCCCUUCUGAUCUUCUGUUUUUCUGUGUUCUCAAUUCUUUUGUCAUUUUUUUGGUUUUUGGAUUUGUUUGAGAUGGAAUCUCGCUCUGUUGCCCAGGCUGGAGUGCAGUGGCGCAAUCUCAGCUCACUGCAACGUCUGCCUCCUGGGUUCAAGCGAACCUCCUGCCUCAGCAUCCCAAGUAGCUGGGAUUACAGGCUCCCACCACCAUGCCCAACUAAUUUUUGUAUUUUUGUAGAGAUAGGGUUUCACCGUGUUGGCCAGGCUGAUCUCGAACUCCUGACCACAAGUGAUCCACCCACCUCGAUCUCCCAAAGUGCUGGGAUUACAGAUGUGAGCCACCGCACCCAGCCAAUUCUUUCGUUUUAAACAUUUACUCAGUACUAGGAUGCACCCAGUGGUGAAAGUAGGCAUCUUUGUCUGAUGACAGGUCUUGACGUGGAUAGGGGGUGCUUUCAUUAUUUUGCCAUUAAGCAUAGUAUUUGAUGCAGGUUUUUUUUUUUUUUGGUUGAUGCAGGGGAUCAAAUUUAGGAAGUUCUGAUCUGUUAAUUUGCUACAAGUUUUUGUAUAAAAUGAAAAACUGUAUUCUACCUAUGUCUUUUCUAUAAAUUAUUGAGAUAAUUGUGUGUAAUUUUUAUUCUGUUAAUGUGGCUUAGUACAUUGAUUUACUUCAAUUUGUUAUAUUGGCCACAAAUUGCUGAAAUAUACUGUUAUUAUUUGUUGUAUGCAAUACUGGAUUUAUUUUGAUAAUGUAUUGUUUAGAUUUUGUUUUCAUCUAUGUUAAUGAAAGAAAUUGGCCUGUAUUUUUACAUUCUUGUAAUAUCUUUGCCAGGUUCUAUAAAAUGCAAUAAUAACCAAAUAAAUUACUGUGUUUUUGUAUAAGUAUGUAUAGGAUUGGGCUCUAAAGCCAAACCAUUAUAAUGAUAAUUUGGGUAGCUUCAAACUCAAAUUGAAGAGAGUCUUCACUACAAUCUUCACUACAACCUUCGGCCUUCCUCUCUACAUUUAAGAAUAGCAAUAGAACAAUAAAAACUAUAUAUAUCUUUCAGAUAAAUUGAAGUAAAAACAAAAGGAUAGUGGAGAGAGAAAAACAAUCCAAUACAUAUUUUUCUCUCAGAAUAGAAAGAAAAUUCAAAGAGAUAAUAUGAAUAAUAUAAAGCACUUACAGGAAGAGGAUGAUUUCUUCCAGCUUUUCCACACUCUCUUUUCCUUAGCACAGGAACAAACAGCUGGUGAGUGAGCUGCUGUGACUUUGGUAGAGAGGUGCAAUAUGUUUUUUGAACCAGCUAUAAAAGAAAUUAUGAGGUACAUGUGAGGGUAGAAACAAGUAUCAAGGAGAAGAAUGGCACUGGCUGUCCCAUGUGGUAUCCAGGAGCCACCAAUGUCUAUUGAGGACUUCACACAUGACUAGUCUGAAUUGAGAUGUGCUCAAAGUAUAAAAUGCAUACCAGAUUUCAAAUACUUCAAAAAAUAAUGUAAAAUAUCUCACUAAUAACUUUUUCUUUGCGUAUUGCAAUGAUAAUAUGUGGGCUCUAUUGGAUUAAAUAAAAUAUGUUAUUCAUUGUACCUGUUCCAUUUUACUUUUUUAAUGUGAUACUAGAAACCUUAAAAUUGUAUUUCUAUUGGACAACUCUGGAGCAGAUCCUAUAAUGAAAUUUCUGUCCCUAAGUGAGCCCUAGUGUAAAAGCCUGUGGACUCGGGAUACAGAGGAGGUUUCAAGGCACAUAUGUUUAUCUCUACAAGAACCUGCUGCCCUGAGGCAUUUUUAUAGAAGGUAAUGCCAGAGAAAAGAAGAUCUCAACAUAUCUAGAAGUGUAGAAAUUUGGAAGAUCAUAGGAAGGGCUCAUGGCCAGAGAAUGAUUCUGCCGGCUCUGGCCCCUGCCGUUAGUCCUCAGUCUGUUGGGUGCUUGAAGCUCCUUCGUGGUUUGAGGAAAUACUGAUUUGUUAGCAAGGCUCAGCUUGGGUGUCUGUGGUGAGAUAAAGUAGUGCGGGUAAUAGUAAAAGCUCAGUACUGGUUUGUUCUAAGGCACGGUUUUAUAAUAAUUAGGAGAUCACGUCUGUGGAAGCCCAGAGACUGGAUGCUCUGCAUUUCAACUCAUCCUGCUCUGCAUUUCAACUGGAAAAGAUAUAAAAGGAGACAGAGCCAGCUGACUGGGGCCCAUGGGGCUGGUGGAAGUUCAGGAAAGAGAAAGAUCUGCUGGAGUACUUAUCCCCUUCCCACUUAUUUUCCCAUACAGUAAGUUCUAGGCAAAAAAUUAGCCCAGCUGUCUUCUACUGUAAACUCACUUUACAAGUAAAUUUACUUUCCAAGUGAAUUUACUUUAUAAGUAAAAUGUUUUUUUGUCACCAGAGUUCUAGGGAUGUGGUAUAGUUAUCCCGAUAUUUCCCCCAAAUGUGAGUGCUUGCUAGAGUGGGCAUUUCAGUUUGAUGCUAACUUAAAAAGAUUUUGGAAGGGAGAGGGACUUUCUUAACAUCUUUAUUGUGAUAUUUACAAGUACUUGCUGGAAUUCUAUAGGUAAGACCUGGGGAAGGUUGCUCAAUCUGAGACUUGGGGACAAUUAUUAGGGUAAGUUCAGAGCUCUGACCUUUUCCUGAAGGAUUAUGGGGGCUUGACAGAGGCCUUCUGUUCUUGAAAUUUUUGGUGUGAUAGAGUAGGCUAAACUACUUUAAAAAAAGAACCAAAAUACAUAAUGGAUCAAAUACUAAAGAAAUGUAUUUCUUGUUAAUGUAAAACAAUUGGUCAUGAGUAUAUGUAACUGGUGGUGAGUGGCACUGUUCCAUGUGGGAUUCGUGCGCCAAGCUUGCUUUCAUCUUGUGGCACUUGCUGUACCCCAGAAUAGUAGUAACAGCAUCAAGCUGGCAGAAAGGUAAAGAAAAAACUUAGCGGAGAAAACUUGCUUUUUAAAUCCUUAGUUCAUAGAUGAGAUUCGUAAUAUCUGCUCAUUUUCUGUUGAUGAGAAUAGCCAUAUGGCUAAACCUAACUGUAAAGAUUUUUUAAAUGUCUAGCUGUAUGCAAUCAUCUACAAUCAAAUUUCAAGGGAAAGAAAACUCAGAUUUUGGUGGAAACUGCCUGGAACCCUAAGUAGUCCCUUUUCCCAUUAUAGAGGACUCAGGAUCUCAGCUUUUUUCUGGAACUAUGUUAAUUCCAUUCUAUAACCUAAAGUUUAUAAAAGAAAACCGUAUUGUCACUAAAGUUCUAGACAUGUGUAUAGUUAUCCUAAUAUUUCCCAACAAGUGAGUGGCAGGUAAGUUUGAUUCUAACUUUAAAAAAAUUUUUUAGGGGAAGAGGACUGUCUUAAUAUUAUUAUUGUGAUAUAAUUGACAUAUAAUACAUUUCAUAAAGUAUAUAACUUGAUACAUUUUGACUCGUGAAACUCAUCACCAUCAAGGCAAUAAAUCAGAUGACGUUCUUUUGUGUAUAUAUAGCACUUAGAGCUAUAAAUUUCCUUCUAUGGCAUCUCACAAAUUUUGAUAUAUUCUCCAUUCUAUUCAAGAUUCUAUUUUCCCUUUUGAUUUCUUCUUUGACCAUUGAAUUAUUUAAAAUUGUAUUUUUUCCCUAAUCUAUGAGGAUGUUCAUAUAUCUUUUUGUUAUUGGUUUAUAAUUUAAUUUAAAAUGGUCCAGAUAUAGACUUUAUAUGACUUGAAUCCUUUUUAAAUGUAUUGAGACUUGUUUUACGGUGAAGGAUAUGAUCUAUAUCGGUAAAUGUUUCAUUUGCACUUGAAAGAAAUGUGUAUUCUCUUGUCCUGGGGUACAGUGUUCAAUAAACAUCAUGUUGGUAAUAUUA